GAGACAUAAUCACUUACGUCGCUCCCUGCGCCGUUACCCUGGUCAACUGGUGUGUGACUAGUGUAGUUCGCUUCGCGGCUGGCUCUGCGGGCUCCGGGCCAGCCCAGAGAUGACCCAGAAGGUUUCGAGUGACUCCUGGGCCUCACCACGGCUGCCUCCCGACGAUGGCGACUGGGGGAGCGCUGAGAUUGGCCUUCCCUUCCCGUUAGGGCAGGAGACCAGUCUUUCCUCGUGGCCCUUGAUCAGCCGUCAGGAUGGACAGUGUUUAGCCAGUCUCGUGCUGCCUGUAAUAGAGGAAACGGUGGAUCCGCAGCACCUGCUGGUGCUCCCCGGAUCCAGCGGACUUGAACUGAGUUUCCCUCCGAACGACUUGGCUGUAGGGGUUCCCACACCUUUCUCUGGCGGGGUUCAGGAGUAUUCCUAUCAAGGAGUCUCCGAACCCCCCAUGUUCGGUUUCGAAGCUCAGGGCUCUCCCCUGAAUACUAAUCCCGAGAUCGCCACUUGGUCUCCGGCGGAAAACUCUCUCCCUGAUGCCAACAUGCUUUCAGUGGCUCUCCCCACGGUCAGCCACGCCUUGGACAUUUAGGUUCCACCCAGCACAACCGGCAUCAUGGAUCGCAGUAUAACAACGGAGAUCGGCGACCUUGGAAAUGAUAUCGAUACAGUUUCUGUUCAU